ACGGAUGGCGGCUGGACCAAGGGUUGGGACUUCGCUCGCUUCCCUCCGCCUUGGCGCCGGAGUCGGAACCUAGGACAUAAUUCCGGGGAGAAACUCGGGAAGCGCCGGGUCCCCAUCGAUUCCUCGCUUUGUCCUGGGGGGCGGCCGCCGAGAUCCCGGGACGGAGACUCGGUUCUCCCCGAAGUCCUUUCCUCGUACGCUCACCCCGCCCACGCCCCGAGCUCUGCCUCCCUCCGGAUCUGCCUUUCUACCUGGCCCCUGCCCACCCUACGGCCGCAGACUCUUCGUGGGAGAACCGGCUCCUACCCCGCGGACCCUGGCCCCCGCUCCGGGCCGCGUCCCCAACUUCAUCGACCCUGGAUCGAGGGAAGCUGGACCAUGGAAUGGGCGGCAAGGGGGUGCUAGGGAGAGGGUGGGGUUUCUAUGCCUCGGGACAGGAAGGUUGCCGAGUCUUCUCCGGCCCCAUCGUCCCGGUUAAACCAGGCUCCCAUCAGAGCUACAGACGCCGGGGUCGUUCUACCGCUGCCGCCAGUGGGCUGGUGGGGUCGCCCCACCGCGCUUGGAGUUGGGAUCCGCCGGCCCUCGCCAGGUGGCUGGUAGCAUCUGAGGUGGAGGAGUGGAGAAGGACUCUCCUCGGAGGCCCCAACCAUGGGGGAAGGGCAGGCCCUGGGCGACGAUGAGCUGACAGCAGCUCCCACACCUGAGCAGCCAGAACAAGCUGUUCACUUUGUCACAACGGCCCCCACCCUGAAGCUGCUCAACCACCACCCGCUGCUGGAGGAAUUCCUACAAGAGGGGCUGGAGAGGAGUGAGGAGGAGCUUAAGCCAGCACUGCCCUUCCAGCCUGACCCACCCGAGCCCUUCACCCCAAGCCCCCUCGCCCGCCUGGCCAACCAGGACAGCCGCCCAGUCUUCACCAGCCCUACUCCGGCCAUGGCCGCAGCGCCCACUCAGCCCCCGUCCAGGAAGGGCCCCUGGAGCCUGGAAUCAGAGCCCCCUGGUCUUCAUAUGACAGCCCCCCUACCUCCAGGGCCCAGCCUGGCAGUGCCUACCCCAGGCCCCGGGGAGAGGCCCAGCACCACACCUCCUAGCAGGGCAUGGACUCCAACCCAAGAGGGUCCUGGUGACAGGGGCAGGCCAUGGGCUCCGGAGGUCAUGUCCCAGACCACAGGGCUUGGGAUGGAGGGUACCACUGCCACCUCCCCGGCUUCAGGGGAUGACGAGGAGCCCACUACCACCACCACUAUCAUCACCACUACCAUCACCACAGCCCAGCCGACAGGCCCUUGUAGCUGGAAUUUCUCAGGCUCAGAGGGUUCCCUGGACUCCCCCACGGCCCCCAGCUCAUCUCCCGAGGUUGGCCUGGACUGUUUCUACUACAUCUCCGUCUACCCGGGCUAUGGUGUGGAAAUCAAGGUCCAGAACAUCAGCCUCCUGGAGGGGGAGCUGGUGACCGUGGAGGGCCUGGGAGGGCCGGAGCCACUGCCCCUGGCCAACCAGUCUUUCCUGCGGCGGGGCCAGGUCAUCCGUAGCUCCACCCACCAAGCAGCCCUGAGGUUCCAAAGCCUCCCGCCACCUGCCGGGCCUGGCACCUUUCAUUUCCACUAUCAAGCCUAUCUCCUGAGCUGCCACUUUCCCCGACAUCCAGCUUAUGGAGUUGUGACUGUCACCAGCCUCCACCCAGGAGGCAGUGCCCAUUUCCGCUGUGCUACUGGCUACCAGUUGAAAGGAGCCAGGCUCCUUACUUGUCUCAAUGCCACCCAGCCCUUCUGGGAUUCCAUGGAGCCUGUCUGCAUUGCUGCCUGUGGUGGGGUGAUCCGCAAUGCCACCACUGGCCGCAUUGUCUCCCCGGGCUUCCCGGGCAACUACAGCAACAACCUCACCUGCCACUGGCUGCUUGAGGCUCCCGAGGGCCAGCGGCUGCACCUGCACUUUGAGAAGGUUUCCCUGGCAGAGGAUGACGACAGGCUCAUCAUCCGCAAUGGGGACAACGUGGAGGCCCCCCCCAUGUACGAUUCCUACGAGGUGGAGUACCUGCCCAUUGAGGGCCUGCUCAGCUCCAGCCGACACUUCUUUGUGGAGCUCAGCACUGACAGCAGCGGGGCAGCUGCAGGCAUGGCCCUACGUUAUGAGGCCUUCCAACAGGGCCACUGCUACGAGCCCUUUGUCAAAUACGGCAACUUCAGCAGCAGCGCACGCUCCUAUCCCGUGGGUACCACUGUGGAGUUCAGUUGUGACCCUGGCUACACCCUAGAGCAGGGCUCCAUUAUCAUCGAAUGUGUUGAUCCCCAUGAUCCCCAGUGGAACGAGACAGAGCCAGCCUGCCGAGCCGUGUGCAGUGGGGAGAUCACGGACUCGGCCGGCGUGGUGCUCUCCCCCAACUGGCCGGAGCCCUAUGGCCGUGGGCAAGACUGCAUUUGGGGUGUGCAUGUGGAGGAAGACAAGCGCAUCAUGCUGGACGUCCGAGUGCUGCGCAUUGGCUCAGGGGAUGUUCUUACUUUCUAUGAUGGGGAUGACCUGACAGCCCGGGUCCUGGGCCAGUACUCAGGGCCCCGUGGCCACUUCAAGCUCUUUACCUCCAUGGCCGAUGUCACCAUCCAGUUCCAGUCAGAUCCCGGGGCCUCGGUGCUGGGUUACCAGCAGGGCUUUGUCAUCCACUUCUUCGAGGUGCCCCGCAAUGACACUUGUCCAGAGCUGCCUGAGAUCCCCAAUGGCUGGAAGAGCCCAUCACAGCCUGAGCUGGUACAUGGCACCGUGGUCACUUACCAGUGCUACCCUGGCUACCAGGUUGUGGGGUCCAAUGUCCUCAUGUGCCAGUGGGACCUAACCUGGAGUGAGGACCUGCCCUCCUGUCAGAGAGUGACCAGCUGCCAUGACCCUGGGGACGUGGAACACAGCCGACGCCUCAUAUCCAGCAAUAAGUUUCCUGUGGGGGCUACUGUACAGUAUAUCUGUGACCAGGGUUUUGUGCUGACGGGUAGUGCCAUCCUCACCUGCCAUGACCGCCAGGCCGGCAGCCCCAAGUGGAGUGACCGUGCCCCCAAAUGUCUCUUGGAACAGCUCAAGCCAUGCCAUGGCCUCAGCGCUCCCGAGAAUGGUGCCCGCAGCCCUGAGAAGCGGCUACAUCCAGCAGGGGCCACUGUCCACUUCUCGUGUGCCCCUGGUUACGUACUGAAGGGCCAGGCCAGCAUCAAGUGUGUACCCGGGCAUCCUUCGCAUUGGAGUGACUCCCCACCCAUCUGUAGGGCUGCCUCUCUGGAUGGGUUCUACAGCGGCCGCAGCCUGGAUGUUGCCAAGACGCCUGCGUCCUCCAGCACCCUGGAUGCUGUCCACAUUGCAGCGGCCAUCUUCUUGCCACUGGUAGUGAUGGCGCUGCUGGUGGGCAGUGUGUACCUCUACUUCUCCAGGCUUCAGGGGAAAAGCCCCCUGCAGCUACCCCGGACACAUCCCCGCCCCUACGACCGCAUCACCGUGGAGUCAGCAUUUGACAAUCCGACUUACGAGACUGGAUCUCUUUCCUUUGCAGGAGACGAGAGAAUAUGAAGUCUCCAUCUAGGUGGGAGAAUCCUGGGGAAGCCGGCUCAGCCCUGCAUCACAGCCCAGCAGCAGGACUCCUGGCUUCCUACUGUCCCUCCAUCUCCUGUACAUACCAUCUGGGAAAAGACACCACCAAUUCCUCAAAUUAUGCCCUUCCCUGCCUGCAGUGCCCACCAGGGUCCAUAAUCUUGGGUACAAGUCAGAGGGCAUCUGCCCAUGGGCAGAACACAGCUUGAGCACAUGCAUUAAGAAUGAGCCUUCUCCUGACCUUCCCUCACGCCUGGACCUCCAGCCCAGAAUCCACGGGCAGGCCAGGUGCACCUCUCUCCAUGUGACCACCAUCCAGCUCUGGCAUGUAGGACCCUGCACCAGGGUUAACUUGAGAGUGGCAGGAGUUGAGCCAAGGCACCCCUCACAGGUGCAGUCCAUUACCAGUGGGCAAACCUUCUCUCUCAAGGGUGGCCUCUGGGCAGUCCUGGCAUGCCCACACGAGCCCCUCGGGGGAGAGCCCUAGUCCUUCUCUGAAGCUUCUGCCCCUUCCCUGUGGAGGCUAUAAUUCUAAGGGAUUCUAAAGGGUUCAAGGAUCCCACCCCAAGCUCACGUUGGGCAUCCCUGGGCACUCAUGCUCCACACCAAAGCAGGACAUCCCACUGCUCCCAGGAAAGCCCCACAUCCUGAGGAGAGGGAGCCCUUCCUCUGAUGUCAACUGCAUUACAAACACCCUCUUUCCCAUCCCACUAGUCCUCACUCCAACCUCAGCCACUUGCCAGCCUCCCCUCCUGGCCACUGUGUUUUGGGAUACGGGGAGUGAACAGGCAUAUUCUGGGGAGGAGCAGAGGUCCAGGGGCCCAGGCAUUUGGCAUGGAACAGGGGAUUGGAGAGUCCCAGGUAGAGGUCCAGGUGCUGGCUGCAGGCCACUUUGUACAUGUAAUGUAUUAUAUGGGGUCCGGGCUCCAGCCAGAGAGCAAUCUUUUACUUCUGUUGUUUCCUUAUUAAA